AUGAACGGCACGACACCAUCACCACCCGACGGUCUCCUCUCGGCCAUAAUGCCCUCCAUAACCCUAAAUCUAUCGAGCAUCAGCCUCGGCCUCAGCUGGACCACCAUCCUCACCAUCCUCGUUCCUUCCUACCUCUUGCUGGUCCGCCACCUCCGCUUCCAACGCCUCCGUUCCUACCGCACCCGCUUCCCCCAAUAUUUUUUGCCUGACGGCACCCCCAACCCCACCAAUUUAUCCAAAAUGACCCUCCAAGACGCCCACCAAAUCAUCAUGGACCUCACCCAGCGCGAGUUUCCCUACCUCUACCAACGCUCGCUCUUCUUCGCCUUGUUCAAAACCUACGCCAUCCCCUCCAUUUCUUCCCUCUUACUAGCAACCGGUCAACUUUCUUCUCCGAAAACCGCCUCCAAGCGCGCAACAGACACGGAAGUGCUGGUGCUGGAAAUCCUCACCAACCCGCCCUGGGAGAAGCGCGGGCUGGAAGCGCUGGCGAGAAUGAAUUGGUUGCAUGGUCGCUGGCAAAAGGCAGGGAGGAUCAGCGAUGGGGAUAUGUUGUAUACGCUGAGCAUGUUUGCACUGGAGCCGGAUCGGUGGAUUAAUAGGUGGGAGUGGAGGGAUGUGACGGAGGUGGAGAGGUGUGCGACGGGCGUGGUGUGGAGAGAGGUUGGGGGGUUGAUGGGGAUUGGGUUUGAGGGUUUGGAGAGGUUUUCUGAAACUAAAGAGAAGAAGGGGGAUGGGAAGGGUGAUGGAGAGAAAGAGAAGGAAGAGAGUGGACUGGAAUGGAUGGAAAAGAUGGAGCGGUGGAGUGAGUGGUAUGAGGAGACGGAGAUGCGGUAUGAGGAGAGUAAUGAGAAGGUGGCGAGGCAUACGGUUGAUUUGUUGCUUUUGAACCAGCUGAAGGUUUUGAGGGGGCUGGGUAAGGGGUUUAUCAGGGUGUUGAUGGGGAGGAGGUUGAGGGAGGCUAUGAAUUUCCCCGAACCACCUCAAUGGCAAGAAAAGUCCCUAACCUGGUUCCUCUACUUCCGCCGCUGGCUGCUCCUGCACCUCAGCCCUCCCCGAUUCGAGUGGAUGGUUCUGCACAAACUCAACAAGGAUGCUGACCCGGUCACCGGAAAAUAUAACUAUAACGUGUACGAACUUGAUCCGUGGUAUGUGAAGCCGACGUUUUGGAGCCGUUGGAGCCCGGCGGCUCUGCUAAGACGCUUGUCUGGUGCUCCGGUUCCGGGCGAUGGUGGCAGCAGGUACCAGCCGGAAGGGUAUAGCAUCAGUGAGGUUGGCCCUGAGAAGUUGAAGGGACAAGGAAAGGAGGAGAUCAAGGAGAUGGUGAAGGAUCUGGAGAGGAGAAGGAUGGAAGUGUUGGCAAAGGGUGGUUCCUGCCCUGCAGGUGGUGGGGCUGAUGGUGAUAGGAGGAGGUGUCCUAUGGGUCUUGCGUGA